AUUGGUGUCUUUGGUUAAUCAAAUGGAUUCAAAUUCGGAAACAAAUUGUCAACAAAAUGUGAAGAAAAAUUGGGGUUGGACUGCCGCGAGGGAUGCAUUCCAAAUCCUCACAACCACCCUCCUCAGCCUCGUCCUCCCGCUAUCAUUCCUCAUUCUUGCUCGACUCUCCACCGCGCGCUAUCUUUUAUCUGUCUUGGAUAAUUAUCCCGGGAUGAAGCCCAUUUCCCUUUUAUGCACUCUUUUCUUAUCCAUCAAGCCAAGCAUUCUCCAUUUCUUGGUUUCUCUUCUUAGUUUUGCAGCUCUUACACAUGGCCUGACGGGUAAAAUUGCAUUUUUAAGACCAUUGGUCGAGCAAGUGGCCAAACCUCGUCUGUAUGCAGCUUGGGUUUUUCUUUGCGCGGUACAAGUUUGCAUUGGUUUGGGGAUUGAAGGGAGUAUAGCUGCCGGAAUAGAUGGCUUGCGUUUUGACGUAAACAGGAGUCCUUUAUGCAGAGUAAUUUUCUUCUUGGGAUUGCACGAGACAAUGCUGUUUUGGUCGAGAAAUGUUGUGAAGCCGGUGGUGGAUGACACGGUGUUCGGUUGCUCAAGGGAGGAGAAGUGUGUUGAAAAGGUGGCUAUGGCCUUUACUUUUGGUGGCUUGUGGUGGUGGAGGCUGAGGGAUGAGAUGGAGCCACUAGUGGUGUUGGCGGAGAUCAAAAGGGAGCUUAUGAUAAGUAUUGAGGUGGCUGAUUUUAUGGAUUGGUGGUUGUAUUACUUAACUGUCACAAUUGGAAUGGUUAGGGUGGUGAAAAGUCUUGUUUGGAUAGUCACAAUUUUAAUUUGUAGGAAGGUACAAGUGUCCAUAGCUAACGAUGAGAAGGUUUGAAUUGUACCUUCUCAACAAAUUCAUUUCGUUGAUGAGUAAUCUUGGCAUGGGAUAUCUCGUCAAAUCAGCCAUCCCACUGCAUGUAACAGGGAUCGAACCCUCUUUAAUAUUACUUUAUGACUCGGGGCUUAAGAGACCUGAUUGAUAAGAAAAAUGUGCUUAUUUCAUUCAUUGGUUGUAAUUCCAACUUAAUUCCUUACUCUUA